AUGUCAAAGGCCACAAGGAAUUUACUAAAAUCAGAUUUUGCUUACUACCCAACUCAGAAGAUCAACUGGUUCCCGGGUCACAUGAGAAAGGCGAAACGCCAGAUCCUGUCCCAGAUGAGGAAGGUAGAUCUCUUUGUUGAGGUAAGGGACCUCAGGGUCCCAUUUACCUCACAUAACAUCCUGCUGGAUGAGCUCAUCCCUAAGGAUAAAUAAAAGAGUUGUGGUCUAUAACAAGGCGGAUCUUGCCAACCCUAAAAUGACUCAGAAAUAUCUUAAAUACACACGUGAAGUGGAGAAAUAUGACUGCUUUGAGAUGAGUGCAAAAAAGCAUAUCCAUGUUGACAAGUUUAUUUCCCAUAUCAAGCAUAAAGUCAACCCCAGGUUUAGCACUAUAGGCAACUGGAUGAUGAUCGGAGGUAACCCAAAUGUUGGGAAAUCAACCAUCAUCAACACUUUACGUGUGAAGGAGGACAACAUCGAGCACAAUCGUAAAAGCGGAGCAAGGGUUGGAGCAGUCCCUUGAAUCACAAGAUCUGUAACUGGCUUCAAAGUGAUGACAAACCCUUUGACUUAUCUCAUAGACACUCCUGGAAUCACUCAGCCCAAGAUCCUUAAUAAUGAGGAUGGCCUUCGACUCUGUGCAGUGGGAAGCAUCAGAGAUGGAAUAAUAUAAUUGAACAUGAGACUACUAUUAGAUACAUUCUAUACCAACUGAACAACAAAGGAGUCACCAAAUACGUUUCCUUCUACAACCUCAAAGAGCCCACUGAUGAUUUUGAAACCUUCGCCCGUGGCGCAAGGAGCCUUCAUGGCAGGAUGAGCCACCACAACCUGGAAAUCUCCAUCCUAAAAGACUUCAGAGAAGGCAAACUUGGCAGGAUCACGAUCGACGAAGACCCAGAAACAGAAGCUGAACGAAGAAGACAGAUCCUCGAAGAAAUCAGGCUGCAAGAACUAGAAAAACAGGACUAA